ACCGUGUCACUCGCCGGCCCUCUGACGGACUGUGUUGCCUGUCACCAGUAACCAAUUCUGCUCAGGAGACGUCUCCACUCGGCGGCCACCGCUCUCCACUAUAGAUUAAGGCAUAAUAUAAUGGCGGCAGCGACACCAGUAGUUAUUGAUGGCAGUUACUUGGAAGGGGGUGGGCAGAUUCUACGUAUGGGUCUUGCUCUUAGUGCAGUGAGAGAUAUCCCCAUCACAGUAAAUAAAGUACGUGCGGGAAGAAAGAAUCCUGGUCUACGCCCUCAGCAUUUAACAGGACUCCAGAUAGCUCGUGAUGCUUGUAAUGGCAAGCUGGAGGGAGGUCAGAUUGGGUCGUGUGAAGUGAGUUUUUACCCUGACCAUAUUUCUGGUGGUCGAUACAUGGCUGACACUCAGACUGCAGGGAGUGUAAGUUUACUAGUCCAGUCAGUCCUGCCAUGUGCACUAUAUGCUGACUCUCCCUCAUGUUUUGUACUACGUGGUGGCACAAAUGCUGAAUUUGCUCCACAGGUUGAUUAUACAAUACAGGUCUUCAGGAAAGUUCUUUCAUGGUUUGGAGGGGAAUUUCAGCUAUCCAUCAAUAAAAGAGGCUUCUAUCCAAUGGGAAAGGGUGAAGUAACCUUAAAAGUAAAACCCUCUGUGGAAGGCCUGUAUGCAGCUGAUUUUACGGACUUUGGAGAACUGGUAUAUGUUUAUGGAACAGCAUAUGUUUCUGGGGUUCUCCCUAUCAAGGUAGCUCACAAGAUGGCAGAUGCUGCUCAGCAACUAUUACUGGAGAAGUUGCCCAAAAAUGUUGAAAUUUAUAUUGACCGAAUCAAAGAGCAUGCAGAGAGAGGCAUGGGAAAUGGUUCAGGCAUUGUGCUGUGGGCAGAAACUACCACAGGUUGUGUUCUGGGUGGGGCUGCCCUUGGCAAGAGAGGGAGAGGCGCCGAAGAGGACGGACUUACGGCAGCGAAUGAAAUUUUGCAUAGUGUGGAAAGACGUGCCUGUGUGGAUAAAUAUGCACAAGAUCAGGUUAUCAUCUUCAUGGCAUUGGCAAAGGGUAAAUCCAGGAUACGCACGGGGCCCCUCACGGACCAUACUAAGACUGCAAUGUGGGUUGCGAAACUUUUGACCAAGGUAGAGUUCAACAUCAUAGAAGAAGAAGGCACUGACUGUAUAUAUCUUGAGUGUGAGGGCAUUGGCCAUAUGCCAGUGAAAAGAAAUAAAUAGAAUGAUCUCAUGCUAAUGAAUUGCUUGUCUUCAAUAUAUCUAUCUCAGUGAAAGCUUUCAUCAAAAUACAGUACUCAUUAGCAUUCUUUCACCAUAUAUAGAUAUUUAUGUAUACAGUACACAGUGUAUGUGUAUACAGUAUAUAAUGUACUAUAGUGCGUUUUUUCCCAGCUGAGAUGCCCUGCCCCCUCCUCAAGAGUUACAGCUGAUUGGUUGUUGCAAAUCUCCGAUUUCGUCCUGAAGUAAUGAUGUAUUUCUAAACGAGUUUAUUCAUAAUCAUUGGGAUGACCGUUUCUGAUGAGAAAGAUAUUCAGCUAAAUUAUAUAAAGAUACA